AUGUAUGCGCAUAAAGAUUCAAGAGGAAGAGUAACAGACGAAUUUCUCAGCGGAGCAGAGAUAUUCAUGUACCAUGCCGGACAUACGCCUCUGACAAAGGAAACGGGUAAAAUGUUCUGUCCUUGUCGUAAAUGCAACAAUACGAAGUUUGCUGCUAGUGAUACCGUUUGGAAACAUAUAGUAAAUAGAGGAUUUACUCCACAUUACUAUAUUUGGUUUAACCACGGAGAAGGUGAUAGUAGGAAUGAAGCUAGUAGUAGUAAUCAGGUUGAAAAUGUUCGUAAUAGAGUUGAACCACAUUUGCCUUCUGAAAGUGUCAUUCAAGAAGAUCAUAUGGUAGAUCAUGAUAGAAUGCAUGAUAUGGUUACCGAUGCAUUUCGUGAAACUACAUCAGUAAUAGAGGAGGUCGAAAAUGUAGAGGGGCCUAACUUGGAUGCAAAAAGAUUUUAUGAAAUGCUAGCAGCAGCUAAUGAGCCAAUUUAUGAAGGUUGUAGAGAAGAGUAUUUGCCUGAAGAGAAUUUGUGUGCUGAAUCUUAUUAUGAGAUUCAGAAACUUGUUCAUAGUCUUGGUUUACCUUCGGAGAUGAUUGAUGUUUGUAUAGACAACUGUAUGAUAUACUGGGGAAAAGACGCAAAAUUGUUAAAGUGUAAAUUUUGCAAGAAGCCACGAUAUAAACCGCAAGGACGUGGACGGAAUAGGGUGCCGUACCAGCGGAUGUGGUACUUACCUAUUAAGGAUAGACUGAAGAGAUUAUAUCAAUCUGCGAAGACGGCAGCAUCGAUGAGAUGGCAUGCAGAACAUGAUCAGAAGGAAGGAGAGAUCAAUCAUCCCUCUGAUGCAAAAGCUUGGAAGCACUUGAAUUCGGUGUACCCUGAUUUUGCAAGCAACCCCCGCAACGUUUAUCUUGGGCUCUGCACAGAUGGCUUUAGUCCAUUUGGAAUGUCUGGAAGACAAUACUCGCUUUGGCCAGUCUUCUUGACGCCAUACAACCUUCCACCAGAGAUGUGUAUGGAAAAAGAAUUGCUUUUCAUGAGUAUAUUGAUACCUGGACCAAAACAUCCUAAGAGUGACUUUCCUGCAUAUGGGAUGUUGUCGGGUUGGACGACGCAUGGAAGACUAUCUUGUCCAUAUUGUAUGGGAAGCACAGACGCAUUUCAGUUGAAGAAUGGUAGGAAAACGUCUUGGUUUGAUUGCCAUCGAAGAUUUCUUCCCAUUAAACAUCCAUACCGAAGGAACAAGAAAUUGUUUCGGUCAAAAAGGGUUGUACGGGACACCGCUCCACCAUAUUUAUCUGGAGAGGAAAUCGAGAAGGAUAUUGAUUACUAUGGUGGAUGCAGCACAGUCAUCAAAGGCGGUAAUUGGCAUACUCCUGCAAAUAUGCCUGAUGGUUACGGGACUCAGCAUAAUUGGCACAAGAAGAGUAUAUUUUGGGAACUUCCAUAUUGGAAAGAUCUACUUCUGCGCCAUAAUCUUGACGUGAUGCAUAUAGAGAAGAACUUCUUUGACAACAUCAUCAAUACAUUGUUGAAUGUCCCCGGCAAGACAAAAGAUAACAAGAACUCAAGGUUGGAUUUGCCUGCAUUAUGUUCUCGGAUUGAGCUGCAUAUUAGAAACGAUGGGAGAAUUCCAGUUCCCAUUUUCAGAUUGUCAGCAGAAGCAAAAGCAGCGUUGUUCAAGUGGGUGUCAUCAGAUGUGAAGUUUUCUGAUGGAUAUGUUUCAAAUCUAUCAAGAUGUGUUGAUCAUCUGGGACAGAAGUUUUCAGGGAUGAAGAGUCAUGACUGUCAUGUUUUUAUGCAACGACUUCUACCAUUUGCAUUUGCGGAGUUGCUUCCAAAAAAUGUUCACGAAGCACUUGCAGGCAUCGGAGCUUUUUUCAGAGAUCUCAGUGCACGCACCUUAACUGUAGAUGUCAUCAGACAACUUGAUGAGAAUAUCCGGAUCUUGAUGUGCAAUUUGGAGAAAAUUUUUCCUCCAUCCUUUUUUGACGUCAUGGAACAUCUGGUUAUCCAUCUUCCGUAUGAGGCACUACUUCGUGGACCUGUUCAUAAUGGAUGGAUGUAUCCUUACGAGCGAGCUAUGAAAUAUUUGAAAGGGAAAGCAAAAAAUCUGGCAAGGGUGGAAGGUUCAAUAAUUGCUAGGAGUUUGAAUGAGGAAACAUCUCACUUUACGUCCUACUACUUUGGGUCACAAGUCCGGACACGGAAAAGGACUACGAGCAGAUAUGAUGAUGGUGGUGUUAUACCGACAUAUUUUGGUGAAGAUGUUCCAGAUAUUUUCUGUCAGAUUGGACGGCUAGGUGGAAAACUGAAAGAAGUUUGGUGGUCGAGUUCAGAAGACACUCAUAGUGCCCAUACAUAUAUACUCCUUAACUGCGAGGAGAUUGAGUUAUUUGAAAGCGAUUUUGUUGCCCAAGUCGAAGAGGCUAUACCAGGAAUAUCAAACAAUGAUCUCAACAAAAGGAAAGACCAACACUUUGUGAAAUGGUUAAAAACGCAGGUUCAGUAUGAUGAUCAAUUUUAUCCUCAGUGGUUUCACAAAUUGAUACAAGGUCCGGUCGGUAAGGUCACCACAGCACCAAUGUAUUUCACACGAGGAUACACUUUUCACACUUACGAAUAUGGAAGUCGGCGAGCAACAAUGAAUUAUGGAGUUUGUGUAAAAGGUGAAACAGAUUUCUAUGGAAUCAUAAAAGAGAUCAUCGAAGUGGAGUUUCCCGGCGUAAUAAACCUUAAAUGCGUUCUUUUCAAAUGUGACUGGUUUGACCCCACAGUCAACAGAGGUGUUCGGUAUAGCAAGUUUGGUGUUGUUGAUGUAAAUGCUACACGGAGGUACAACAAAUUUGAACCUUACAUAUUGGCUUCUCAAGCAGACCAAGUUUGUUUUGUUCCAUACCCGAGGAUCAGACAAUCUGGAAUAUCUUGGUUAGCCGCUAUGAAAGUUACACCUCGGGGCCGAGUAUUGAGUACUGAUGAACAACCGCCUUUACAAGAAGAUGCCGUGAAUGAAGUAGAAGUACCCGAACAAGCGGAAGAUGUUAUCUUACUCAUUGAUCCGCAUAAUCCGGGAUAUGAAGAACUUCCAGAAGAUACAAUGGACGAAGCCAACGAAGAUGAAUUUGAAGAAAAUGAUGAAGUGGAUGAUGUUUCUGAUGACGAGUGA